AUGACUUCGAUUGGCGCCUCACCGUUCGCUCUUCCUCCCACUUCAGCCACCUCCGCGUACCACCCAUCGCCUGUGCCCAUGCAUACAACACCGUCUCCUGCAGGGGGCUUCCAAUCGCACCCACUUGCGCCGAUGCCCAAGCAAUCCUCGUCGUCGUCGUCACUGCCCACGUCUGCACCUUCUUCCAGUCACAGUCACGCCGCCAUGCGCAACAGCGUCGAAAUCCUCGCUGCCGCGGCCGCUGCCGUUUCGUCAUCGUCGUCAGCUAAUGGAAAUCGAGCCAUCAUCCAACCUCAAGCUGCACCCUCUGCGUCUUCGUCAUUGAUGCCCACCGUGUAUUCGCAAAAGCCGAUUGGAGUGGUCGCUGCGGAUACUUCUGCUCAGUAUGCACAGAGUGCAACAAGUGCUGCCGAUUGGCACCGCAACGCUGCUGCUGCUGCACCGCUUGCCAAGCCACCCACAAAUGCAGUGCCAGAAUCGGCGCUCGCUGCCAGUUCGCUUCAAAACACUGCUGCCACCGCUGGAUUGUCGUCGGGUGGGGUGCCGGCGCCUUCUGCCAACAUCCAAAUCCGCCGCGAGCGAAACGCCAUCUCGGCGCGCAAGUCGCGGGAUAAGAAGCGAGAGUACGUCAAGGUCCUCGAGGAGCGACUCACGGUGCUCGCCAAAGCCCACGCAGAGAUGGCAGCCUUCCUGCAGACCCUGCCCGCAGAACUCGGCGUGCACCUGCAGCCGUUUGCGCAGCCCGGUCAAGUCGCCGUCGUCGAAGAGGCAAUGGCGCUUGCAGCCCUUGUUUUACAGCAGCAGGGCGCAGGCCUGGACUCCACCAUGCUGGCCCAGUUUGGCCCAGUUCAGCAGCCUCAGCAGCCUCAGCAGCAGCUGCAGGAAACCCGACCGAACAACACACAGCUCAGCACCGUCCUUACCUCCUUGGAUGCUGCCUUGGAUGCUGCCAACGCACGCAUUUCCAAGCGCGCUGCUCGUUUUAGCUUCCAGGAGAAGCGAGACCGCCGUCGCAAGGCGUCCAUGCUGCUCGAAGCGCUCGCGCUCCACCAGGUUGAUCUUGGACUUGCGCCCGCGCACUCUCGUAGCAAGCGAUCCAGUAGUGACAGUGACGAGUCUGGUGCCAGCGGCAGCGAUCAGGACGACCUGCAUCAUGACAAUCAUGGCGACAACAACAACAGCAACAGCAACGGCAACAGCAACAGCAACAUCAGAGCCGGCAGCGACUCGGCGUCAUCUUGUGCUUCCUCAGUAUCUGGCGACGACCACACGACUGCCUCCAAGCUCUCGCCCCGCAGCAGCUGGUCUUCUUCGUCCGAGGACGACGGCAGCCGCCAUGGUAAUUCGCUGGAUUUUCGUCAGUGGUCUUCGCGGGAGGUGGCCGAGUACCUCGAGCGAUGCGGGCACGCCGAUGUUGCCACCCGUUUUUUGCAAGAGGAGAUAUCCGGCGAGGUCUUGUCCAUGCUCCAGGUCGGGUAUUUUACGCAGGCGCCGCUUGGCCUCACGCUUGGCAAGGCCUGCAAGUUGUAUGAGUGUUUCCAGCAGCUCAUCAAGACCAACUAG